CGCUUUCACGUGCGCUCUUUCUUUCUCGGGCAGCUUUGCCGAAGCGGUGGAGGCUUGUCUGAGUUUUAGCGCGGAUGGACGACGAAGAUCGAUCACUUGCUCAAUAAAAUCUCGACAGCCUCGAAUUUCGUCCUGCGAAGCAAGACACCACAAUGCCGGCGUACUUUCAAAGACCGGAGAACGCUCUGAAAAGAGCUAACGAGUUUCUCGAAGUUGGUAAAAAGCAGCCUGCUCUGGACGUCCUCUACGAUGUCAUCAAGAGCAAAAAGCAUCGAACAUGGCAGAAGAUCCACGAGCCGAUCAUGCUCAAGUACCUGGAGCUCUGUGUGGACCUGCGCAAGAGCCACCUGGCCAAAGAAGGCCUUUACCAGUACAAGAACAUUUGUCAGCAGGUGAAUAUCAAGUCUCUGGAGGAUGUGGUUCGCGCUUACCUGAAACUUGCAGAGGAGAAGACUGAGACGGCCAAAGAGGAGUCUCAGCAAAUGGUGUUGGACAUUGAGGAUCUGGAUAACAUUCAGACCCCCGAGAGUGUACUGCUGAGUGCUGUGAGUGGAGAGGACACUCAGGACCGUACUGACCGCCUGCUGCUCACUCCUUGGGUCAAAUUCCUGUGGGAGUCGUAUCGCCAGUGUCUGGACCUUCUGAGGAACAACUCUAAAGUGGAGCGUCUUUACCAUGACAUUGCGCAGCAAGCUUUCAAGUUCUGCCUGCAGUACACCCGCAAGGCCGAGUUCCGCAAGCUGUGUGAUAACUUGCGAAUGCACCUGGGUCAGAUCCAGAGGCACCAUAACCAGAGCACAGCCAUCAACCUGAACAACCCCGAGAGCCAGUCAAUGCACCUGGAGACUCGUUUGGUGCAGCUGGACAGCGCCAUCAGCAUGGAGCUCUGGCAGGAAGCUUUCAAGGCAGUCGAGGAUAUCCAUGGACUGUUUGCCCUCUCUAAGAAGCCCCCCAAGCCCCAGCUGAUGGCCAACUACUAUAACAAGGUGUCCACGGUGUUCUGGAAGUCGGGUAAUGCUCUGUUCCACGCCUGUACGCUGCACCGCCUCUACCAUCUGUCCAGAGAAAUGAGGAAGAACCUCACCCAGGAGGAGAUGCAGAGGAUGUCGACUCGUGUGCUUUUGGCCACUCUGUCCAUCCCCAUAACCCCAGAGCGUACCGAUAUCGCUCGCCUGUUGGAUAUGGACGGGAUUAUUGUGGAGAAGCACCGCAGACUGGCCACUUUGCUUGGCCUGCAGUCGCCACCCACCCGCCAGAGCCUCAUCAACGAUAUGGUGAGGUUCAAUCUUCUCCAGUACGUCGUUUCUGAAGUCAAGGAUCUGUACAGCUGGUUGGAGGUGGACUUCCAUCCCCUCAAACUCUGUGGACGAGUCACCAAGGUGCUGAACUGGGUGAGGGAUCAGGCAGAGAAGGAGGCUGAUCUACAGCAGUAUGUUCCUCACUUACAGAACAACACCAUUCUCAGACUUCUGCAGCAGGUGGCUCAGAUCUAUCAGAGCAUCGAGUUCAGCAGGCUGGCUUCUCUUGUGCCGUUUGUGGAUGCCUUCCAGCUGGAGCGCUCCAUCGUUGACGCCGCACGUCACUGUGACCUGCAGGUGCGUAUUGACCAUACGUCCCGAACCCUAAGCUUUGGCUCGGAUCUGAAUUACUCGACUAAAGAGGACGCCCCUGUGGGACCGUUCUUGCAGAACAUGCCUUCUGAACAGAUCCGUAACCAGCUCACGGCCAUGUCCUCCGCUCUGGCCAAGGCUAUUCAGAUCAUCAAACCGGCCUCCAUUCUGCAAGAACGGGAGGAGCAGAGACAGCAGGCCACCACUGCCUAUCUUAAAAAUGCCCGUAAGGAGCACCAGCGCAUCCUGGCUCGUCGCCAGACCAUCGAGGAGCGCAAGGAGCGUCUGGAGAGCCUGAACAUUCAGCGCGAGAAGGAGGAGCUGGAGCAGCGGGAGGCUGAGCUCCAGAAGGUGCGCAAGGCCGAGGAGGAGCGCCUGCGCCAAGAGGCCAAGGAGAGGGAGAAGGAGCGCAUCAUGCAGGAGCACGAGCAGAUCAAGAAGAAGACUGUGCGCGAGCGCCUCGAGCAGAUCAAGAAGACUGAGCUGGGAGCCAAAGCAUUUAAAGACAUUGACAUUGAGGAUCUGGAGGAGUUGGACCCUGACUUCAUCAUGGCCAAACAGGUGGAGCAGCUCGAGAAAGAAAAGAAAGAGCUGCAGGAGCGCUUAAAGAAUCAGGAAAAGAAGAUCGACUACUUUGAAAGGGCGAAGCGUUUGGAGGAAAUCCCCAUGAUUAAAAAGGCUUAUGAGGAACAGCGCAUCAAAGAUAUGGAGCUGUGGGAGCUCCAGGAGGAGGAGAGGAUCAGCAACAUGAAAGUGGAGCGUGAGAAGGCUCUUGAGCACAAAAAGAGGAUGUCCAGGAUGAUGGAGGAUAAGGAGAACUUCGUAUCUAAAAUAACCGCUGCCCGCAGCUUCAUCUACGAGGAAAAACUGAAGCAGUUCCAGGAGCGCUUGGUUGAGGAGAGGAAGAAACGUCUCGAAGAGCGCAAGAAACAGCGCAAAGAGGAGCGACGAAACGCCUACUAUCGCCAGAAAGAGGAGGAGGCCCAGAGGAUCCGGGAGGAACAGCUGAAAAAGGAGCGUGAGGAGCGCGAGCGUCAGGAGCAGGAGCAGAGGGAGGAGGAGGAGCGUGAGUACCAGGAGCGCCUGCGCAAGCUAGAGGAGCAGGAGAGGAAACAGCGAGCCAGGCAGCAGGAAAUCGAGGAACGUGAACGGCGCAAGGAGGAGGAGAUGAGAAGGCCCCAGGAGGAGAAGUCCAGCAAAGACUGGGGUGAAAAGGAAGAGGGCGGCUGGAGGAGGCGUACAGAGACAGGUGACUCGGAGUGGAGACGCCCCGUUUCUGACAACAGGGACUGGCGUCAGGAGGGGCGUGAAGAACACGAGCGUGAGGAGCGUGAGCCACCCUUCAAAAGAAGCGGAGAGGGUUCCCGCCGUGGACCUUCAGAUGACCGAGGCCUACGUAGGGGCUUUGACGAUGACCGUGGACCCAGAAGAGGUUUUGAUGACGAUCGCGGUCCCAGGCGUGGCUAUGACGAUGAGCGCGGCCACAGGAGAGACGACGAGCGCGGCCCCAGACGCGGUAUGGACGACGAUCGUGGACCUAGAAGGGGAUUUGAUGAUGAUCGUGGUCCUCGGCGUGGCUUGGACGAGCCCAGAGGCUCCAGGCGUGGUGCUGAUGAUGACUGGGGUCCUAGGAGAGGCGGCGGCGGUGACGACGAGAGAGGAGGCAGGAGGGGCGGUGAUGACUCCAAGCCUUGGAAACCUCUGGGCAGACCAGGUGGUUGGAGAGAGAGGGAGAAGGCCCGUGAAGAGAGCUGGGGUCCUCCCCGUGACUCUGGUGCUCAUGAUGAUGAUGGCGAACGCGAUGGAGAUGAGCAACAUGAGGGAGAGCGUUUCAGAGAGCGUCGUGCGCCCAGGGAGGAGGGAGGAUGGAGGAGAGGUGGAGCUGACGAACCCAGCAGUUGGCGUGACAGUCGACGUGACGACUUUGACCGCGAUGAUCGGCGUGAACGCCGUGAAAUCAGAGAUCGCCGAGAUGACCGUGACCGUGAUCGUGACCGUGACCGUGACCACAGGCCCUCACACCGAGACCACGAUGAUGGUGGAUCCUGGCGUCGUGGAGGAGAAGACCGUCGAGAUGAUCGUAAAGAUGACCGUGACACUCCUCCAAAACUUCGUGAGCGCGAUGUGGAAAGAAGCUCCUGGCGCUCUGACAAAGAAAAAGACAACCCACGCCGCACCAAGAACGAGACGGACGACGACGGCUGGACCACAGUGCGCCGCUAAAUGCUCCAACUCUCUCCUGAUAGCCUCCACAACCUUGAUCUGUUCAUUAAUCACGUUGAUAUUGUGACAAAAACUUCUGGUAUAAUCAUUAACCAGAUUAUCAUAUAGUUAUACAAUGUUUGACUUGUCAUGCCAAACCUGGUGAGAGCCAUUCAUUCUUUUUCAAAAUCAUUUUGACCAGUUCUGUCUCGAAGUACAUCCUUCUGCCUUUAUGCAUGCUUAGGGAAUUCACUUGAUCCUCACUUUUAAAAUCAUUGCAUUUCCUUGAAACAGAGUGGGUGAACAGAUGCAAGGUGAAAAUAAAUAAAUAAAUAAGUAAAUAAUUAAAAUAAUCUGAGAUAUGUUGUGAAAACAUCUGGCAUGGAAGUUGGCAGGAUCCUUUAUCACAGUCGAUUCCUCACUCUGGUUGCUGCUCCUCUCAUGGGUUGUGUGCUUUUUAGAAAUAUGAAAACUUUAUUAAUAAAGUCAUUUGCUCAACAAA